AUGGAUGUCAGCAGCAAAGAGGUCUUGAUGGAGAGCCCACCGGACUACUCAGCAGCCCCCCGGGGCCGGAUUAGCAUCCCCUGCUGCCCUGUGAACCUCAAACGCCUUCUCAUCAUAGUUGUGGUCGUGGUCCUUGUCGUCGUGGUGAUUGUAGGGGCCCUGCUCAUGGGUCUUCACAUGAGCCAGAAACAUACUGAGAUGGUCCUAGAGAUGAGCAUGGGGGGACCAGAAGCCCAGCAACGUAUGGCCCUCAGUGAGCAUGCGGGCACCACUGCCACCUUCUCCAUUGGCUCCACUGGCAUCGUCGUAUAUGACUACCAGCGGUUCCUGAUUGCUUACAAGUCAGCCCCUGGAACCUGUUGCUACAUCAUGAAGAUGGCUCCCGAGGGCAUCCCCAGCCUUGAGGCUCUCAUCAGAAAAUUCCAGGACUUCCAGGUAGGUGUAUGCUCUUUCCAGGCCAAGCCUGCAGUGCCUCCCACUAAGCUGGGCCAGGAAGAAAGGCGAGAAGCAGGCUCAGCAUCCUCUGGAGACCUGGCUUUCCUGGGCACCACUGUGAGCAUCCUAUGUGGCGAGGUGCCCCUCUACUAUAUCUAG